UGUGCGCUAUUUUUGUUUCUUUUCAGGUUCUUCCGAACAGAUCGCAGUUCUUCCAGUAUGAAUCUGUCGCCUUCAGCCUGAACUGUGACCAGCAGGAAGACGCUGCUGCAUGGAGAAUAAAAAGGAACACAUCCAAACAAAUCAAUUCACUUUGUCCUUCAUAUUCAACUGGAACGGCUGGAUCUUCAUGCUUUCUAAGUGAGCUUUAUGAAAUGGACUCUGGAGUGUACUGGUGUGAAUCUGAGGCUGGGAAGAUCAGCAACACCAUCAACAUCACUGUUACUGACGGUGAGUUGAUCCUGGAGAUCUCAGCUCUUCCAGUGAUGGAAGGAGACGAUGUGGUUCUGCGAUGUACAACGAGGAGAACACUAUCUGGAAAUAUUUCAUCUACGUUUUAUAAAGACGAUCUUUUCAUUGGGAACAGUGUGAGAGGAAACAUAACUCUACAGAGGGUUUCUAAAUCCGACGAAGGACUCUACAAGUGCCACAUAUCUGGAGUUGGAGAAUCACCAGACAGUUUUCUGACUGUCAGAGCAGGAUUUCCUGAAUCGCCGCCUUUACAUGGAAACAUUGUACUUCCUGUGAUGGUUACUGGAGUUUCAUUUUUUCUAGUGACGUUGUUCUGCCUGUGGAAAAACCAUCCAGACAAUUUUGACUCUUCCAUCGUGUUGUAUACUGGAGCAAUCAACAGACAAACACAAAGAGCAAAAGAUGCUGUCCAGAGGGGGCGCUGCUCUGCGUUGUCCACUGUGGUGGUGUACAGGCCGGCCCUCGGACCGGCCCUCAGACCGGCCCUCGGACCAGCAAGAGCUGGUCUGGACUGUGAUUGGCUGGUCUGCCUGUCAAUCAUGGUCGACGACGACCUAUCAGAGCCUUAA